AUGACUCAAGACCACAUACUAGAAGAGAAACUAGAGUAUAUCUCCAUUAACGAUAGUUCCCCUGAGGAGCAAGGUCCUAUAGUACCGCAUGAACGACAAAUCGUCGAUCAAGUUAUCGCAAUAUGGAAAGAGGACCCAUCAACCGAGAAUUUAGGAGUUGCCAAAUUACAUGCCAUUAUCAAACAAAAACACCCAAACUGGACCGUUUCUGAUAAACGGGUUAAGCAGUUGUUGAAAAAAUUUGGUCUCCUAACCAAUCAAGAACAAUACACUUAUGCCAAGGAUAUCAAAUCUGAAUUGACACCUGAUAUUGAACUUCCACCUAAGGUGCAAGUAGUCAUGACUUCCAAACGUGGUAAAUGUUUGUAUGCGAAAAAGCCAAUAAAGGAAGGCGAGUUAAUAUGGAGCGAAACACCAUUAUUCUUUGUACCGCCAUUGGCAAAUGUCCAUUUGGUUGAACAUGGAUCUGCUUGUGCCAAUUGUGGUAAACUUUUACAACAAAGUGAAAUGAAGACAGUACUAAAAGGAUUGGAUUGUGAUGUAUGUGCUGAAGUUUGGUGUUCGAAAAAGUGUAAACAAAUAGAUUCACAAUUGCAUGGUGCAACCAAGCAUAAUGUAUUUAACCCCAACUCAAAGAAGCCAAAAAUUAUUGACUCAAAUGCAUUUUUGGAGUUGCAAGAAUACUGUUUAAAAGAAUCAUGGAACGCAUUGUAUGCCAUCGCUUUAAUCUACGCUAAUAUCGUGUUGGAUAAACUGGGCGUGAAACAAAAGCAAUUCAAUGCCAUGGCCAGAGUUUCUCAAGAUGUGAGAUACAAGGCAUUGGAUUCUGGUGGUGGGACAUUUGACAAUAUGAAUGGAGGUGCUCUCUUUGUUCAAGAGCAACAAGAAACAUUAUGGAAAGAAGGGUAUGAAAAGUUUCUCCGUGUUUUCCCCAAAAACACAAUAUCAUAUAAGGAGUUCUUGUACAUGAUGGGUACUUACAACAUCAACAAUCUUGACUCAAGCGUGUACCUUACCCAAUCGCAUUUGAAUCACAACUGUGAUCCCAAUACUACUGUUGACACUGCACUGGACCGUAUUUCAGGAUUAAAAGUAUUUGCAAAGAGGGAUAUCAAAGAAGGUGAGGAAUUGACCACAACAUAUGUGAACCCAAGCCAUACACUCCACCAAAGACAACGAGAAUUGAGAGUCAAUUGGGGAUUCAUUUGUGCAUGUGAUAAGUGCAAGAGUGAUGCAAAUGCCACCGGAAGAAGGAAAUCAUCUUCAGCUUCAAAAAAACAAGAUGCCAAGAAUAUUAGAAAUAUGUUGAAGGAAACGAAGGAACAAGUUGGUGAGGACGGUGAGAUUGAGUUGGACAUUCCUCCUCACGAGUUUAACGGAGAGCGUAGGAAAUCGGUGCGAUUUGAUGAAACUGUUGUUGCGGUCAAUAAUUGA